UAAUUUCUUCAUAGUCACCUUGAUUCACUCCCUCUCACUCAUACACUCAGUGUAAGGCUAUCUCCACUACACUUUUCUCACUUGUAUCCAUUUUCAGGAUCAAUGCGGGAGCACGUGGUUUUAUCUGUUGUUGAUCCUCUUCUUGCAGCAUCUUCAACUUUGCAACCUGAGCACGGUGGCGAUGACCGAGAUUCACUCGUUGAGGGUGCUACUCAUCUCAAUGAUGUUGGGGGAUGUGAUACUCUGGAAGAGCAAGAACAAGAUCACGAAAAAGACCUUACCCUAAUGGUGGAGUGUCGCAUUUGCCAGGAAGAUGACAUUAUUCAAAAUUUGGACAUACCCUGUGGAUGCAAUGGAACCUUGAAGUUUGCUCAUAGGGAAUGUGUUCAGCUAUGGUGCUACGAGAAGGGUGAUACAAUUUGUGAAAUCUGCCAUCAGAAAAGUUCUCUUGACAUUCAGCCAUUCAAACCUGACUAUUCUGCGACAACAACUGUCUACCAUCCUGGAGAUACUUCAAUUGAUAUCAGUGAUGACUGGGAAAGCUCUAGUAUUCCUUUAGAUUUGCACAAUUCUCGACUUUUGGCUAUUGCAGCUGUAGAGCACCAAGUUCCAGAGAUUCGUGAAGGUUAUGCCAAUGCUGCUGGCACCAAUGGAAUUACAUUGUGGCACUCGGUUGGUCUAAUUUUAAUGGCUCUUUUACUUCUGAAGUAUGUUGCUCCCCUCUUCAAUGCUGAUGUGGAGAAAGUUUUAACGUAUUUUUAUUUUUUCUUUCUUCGUACGGCUGCUGUUGUCCUUCCUUGGUAUCUUAUGGCCUGGAUAAUUCGCGUAAUACAGCAUCAAAGGCAAAGACAACAAGCACCUGAAGAACUUGCAUUUAUGCUACAAGCAGACGAACAAGGGGUAGCAGAGCUGAAAAGGGAAAUUGAUCAUUGAUUUCUAUCUUCGAACAAAUUAUUUGAAUGUGCGGCUGCAGCAUUCUCCCAAUAGCCGAGAAUAACAUGGCUGAUGGAAUUGUUUUAAAUUACGGUUGCAGUUUCAUGCAGUUCUUGAAAUUUUGUGAAAUUGCUGUUGAUGGGGGCGAUUAAAACCAUAAACCAUGUUUGCUGGUCAGCGUUGGCUCAACAAAGUAUGUAGUAUGGUAGGCUGCUUUCGCAUCUAGGACGAGCUCCUCCUGCCAUCACCACCACCGGACUACCUUAUACCACCAACAAGCUCUUCUAGGAAGCUCUGACACCUCCAAACAAGCACACCACAGUAAUCACACCACCACAAAGAAGCCCACCAGCACAGGGAAGGAGGAAGAAGAAAUGUGAUUUCUAUGGUGGGAUGUGGGGACUGCUUUAAAUGAAGUGGUUGAAUAUUGGCUAAAAGUUUUCUUUUUUUUAACUACACCAUUUAAAUUUUUGGUAAGGGCAAAUGGGAAAUUGGAAGGUGCAGAGAAAAAACUGUAAUGGUGUAAGGAGAAACUCUCCUUGAAUAAACUUCCGGACACGACUAAGCCAAUGCUGGAAAUAACUUUUUCAGAAAUACUUCCACGAGAAAAAUAUAA